CAGUUGUAUGGGGAAGCAGUUCAGUGUGACCGUUCAGUAAAUUCCUAAUAGCAAACUAAACCUCAUUUUUUGACAACUAAAAAAAUAAAAAAAUCAAAAAAAACGAAAAACCACUUUUGAAAAGAACUCCAAAAAAAAAAACAAUUACUAGCCCCAUAACUACAAAUUGAAGCACACAAAUUUACGCGUGGAAAGCCACAGCCUAAAAUAAAUAAAUAGAAGACAAACAUUGCUCAAGAGACACGAAAGAGAAUCACUGAAUCAUAUCGAUAAAGACAAGAGAUACAUAUAUCAGCUCAACCAUGGACGAGGGAGAUCGUGCAAUCAACCUUAAGGAGGAGCCAACCGAGGAGACCGAUCAGGAGAAGAUGCUGCGCGAGACAACAAGCCUGUUGCGCCAAUCGGAAAACUGUAUGUUCACCAUUCAGGUGUCGCCCGGAACCACAAUGCAUAUCCAUAUAGCGCCGGAGUCGGUACUGGAAUUGGACACGGAUCCUGAGAAUAGAGUCACCGCCAGCUGGUGCAUCUCCACGCUGAUGAUUCACAAUGGCCAACACUAUGCGAAUACCAUUCACAAUUUCACAGUUAGUCCCGAGCUGAUCCGCAAUUUGAUGCUGGCGCGCGAGCCCGUCGGCAACAUCUUGCAGCAGCUAAUGAUGAAUCCGCUGGAGCUGCCUAGCACCUCCCUGCAGCUGUUCUCGCCGCGCUCUCUUGCCGACGGCCGCUUCGUCCAUCCGACGGCCAUAUUUCGCAUGGUGGAGCACUAUUGCAAUUAUGUGAUGCGCACCGCUCGCAUACUGGACAACGUUUUCGGUUGGGUAGUGCCGGAGCGAAGCUCAGAGCUGCCCGCCUUGAUGCAGGAUAUACGCGUGACGAGCCAGACUCUGCAGUCGAUGCUGGACCGGGUCCAGCACUCGGUUCAGAUUGCUGAGCAAUGUUUCGCGCCUAAUGAAUCAAUGGGCGAGCAGGAAGAGGAUCCGCUGGAGCUGGAGCUUGAGCCGGAGCGUGAGCCGGAGCCGGAGCCGGAGCAAUUGCAGAUCUACGAGGAUGUGAGCAGCGACUCAGAUGACGACAUGCAGUUGGAUUUACGCAUUGCGGAGGCGCAGAAUUCUGUUGCGGACUUCGUUGGUUUCGAUGACUUCGAUGAUGCGCAGAUGAAAAGCGAUUCAGACUCGAGCUCCAGUGAUUCCGAAAUACAGGACUCAGUCUUUUUGGGGCCCAGCUUUGAGGAGACUCCGCAGCAGUUUUGGUCGCUGACCAGCAGCGAUGAGGACAACGAUGACGAGCAGCCCGACGAGGAGAGCUGGGAGAGCGACUUCGGGGACGAUGACUCAUUUGAUGCAUACAUGGUGCGUCAGCUGCGGGCUCACGCCAGUGGCUUGGCCACGCGCCUUAACACCGGCUGGGGUCACUUGCCCAAUGACACGGCCCAGGCGGACGAUGAUGAAUGGGACCUUGGCUCGUGCGGCACGAAUGCCGAGAUCGAGGAUGUACGCUCGGAGCUAAGCUAUGACAGCGAGGAUCUCAAUGCCUGGCAAUACCGUGAGGAUCGCUCCUUUGAAACGGAGCUCAGCCGUCCGUUCCGUCGUCUUGUCGGCGAUCUACCCCCACAGACUGCACAGGAAGAGCGAUACGCCUGGCGUCAUUCCUACGAACAUUUUGACUUUCGCCGUAGCCUAUUUGCUGCUCUCGAGGUGGAAGGUCCCAAUCGUACCAUCCCGUUCUCCUAUUACAGCCAGUGGGAUCAGCAGGACACUCUGGCCUUCACCUCGUCGGCCAGUUCGCUAAGCGAUGGUCCCGGUUUCGGGCAGAAUGCCGAGCCAUAUCCCUUCUCCAUCUAUGCAAGUGCAAUGGAAAGUAUUAACAGCUCCUUGCAGCCGGACGCAACACAGUUGCAGGGCAUCGAAUUGGAUGAUGUGGCUCAUGCGCGUGCAAUUUCACUGGCACGCACCAAUUCCGAUUCAGACGUGGACCAACUGACUAUGGAUUUAGAUACUGAAACACGCCAGAUACCGCCCGAUCAACAAAUUGUUCCUCUAGAGUCGUUCGUUCAGCAGACGGAUGAACUCAUUGCCAAGAUCUUGGCAAGUCUUUAGAGCGACCGAGUGAAAGCUACCAGGACCAUCUAUCGAACACUUCCUUCACUUAUCUUUCACAAAGAAAUUUUCAUUUUGGUACCUUUUUGUAGUAAAACAAUUUUUUGGAUUUUCGCUCGGCUCUCGACACAAAGAAAAGGCAGAGGACAUUGAUUCUAUGGCAUCAUACACGUUUAAUUUAGAAUGAUAUUGGUUAUACCUAGUACAGUAUGUAUAUAUAUAUAUGUUUAUAUAUGUGUAUGUAAUACUAUAUCAUUAUAUAUAUAUAUACAUACAUCUACCUAUACAUGGAGAAAAAUCGAUAUGUUUACACCCAUUGUGGCACCCACAUCCCGAAUAAAUGCACAUAUGAAUGUAACGCCCAUUUUGAGACAGAACCCGUGGGUUUUGACGAAUCAAUCAUGUUACAUUGGAUGCUGCUGCGGGUACAGGUUGCUAUAUACUAUAUACUAUAUCUUUCCGAGUCGAAAGUAGUUGAUUAUGAAUUAAAUAACUAUGUAAUACUUUUUGGAGUGAUAAAUAUUAAAGGCUAAUAUAUUUAAAAGAAA